UGGACUUCACACAGUCCUUUGUACAACUGCAUGUGGAGCAGUUUAUUUCUCUGAGCCUAGGGCUGACUUCUCAGGUAGAGGUGUGAGAACCCUCUGCUUCAGUGCUUAUGGAGGGAGCAACUCCAGGAUCCUUUUUCAGGUAUAAAGACUGUGGCACAGAAAAAGAAACAUUAACUUUUUGAAGCUUGCAUAGUAAAUUGGUGACAAACCUAGAAGAACAAUUGCAGGUUACGUGGUUUCCUCAACACACUGUUGACUGAAACAGACUACUCUUCGUCUUUCUGAACUAUGCCAAGGAAACGAAAGCUGUUGGCUCAGUUAAGUGCUCUCCAAAGUGACUCCAGCUUCCCUUCCUUUGAUGCCCUGGGGAACCUGAACGCUAAACCUGAUGGUGAUUCUUCUCCAAAAAGCAGCAAAUAUUUUGCAGCAGAGAAAAAAAAUUCUUCUCAUGUAGAAGCAGAUUUUUUCAACCAGCCCUGUAUUAGCCUGGCCAAGUCCUUUCUGGGACAGAUUUUAGUUCGCAAACUUCCUGAUGGCAGAGAACUCUGGGGGAGGAUUGUUGAAACAGAAGCUUAUCUGGGUGGGGAAGAUGAAGCUUCCCACUCGAAAGGUGGGAAGCAGACUCAACGAAAUGCAGCAAUGUUCAUGAAGCCAGGAACUCUGUACGUGUAUCAGAUCUAUGGGAUUCAUUUCUGUGUGAACGUUUCCAGUCAAGGGGAAGGGGCUGCAGUAUUGCUUCGCUCUUUGGAACCUCUGCAGGGAUUAGAUGCGAUGAGAGAGAUGCGCAGUGCUUCAAGGAAAGGACCCACAAAGCUGCUGAAGGACUGGCAGCUGUGUAAUGGGCCCUCCAAGCUCUGCCAGGCAUUUGGGAUUGAUAAGACUUUUGACCAAAGAGACCUGACACAAGAUGCUGCCAUCUGGAUGAUACCUGGACCUGACCUACCAGGGGAGCAGGAUGUGGUAGCCACAACAAGGAUUGGUAUUGGCAACAGGGGAGAGUGGACACAGAAACCCCUCAGGUUUUAUUUACGAGGAAACAGAUUUGUGAGUGUUGUAGACAAGAAAACUGAGAGAGAGAUGGCAGCAAUGGGACAGCUUUCUUGUCUUGCAAGUGUGCCACCAAGCAGGACUUGAGCUGUGCUCUGUAUUACAGCUGUGUUGUGGCAGCAGCUAUGGCAGACAGAGCGACCUGGAGGUUUUUAAACAAUAAAUGUACUUCAUUACAAUGAA